CUAUAGUCAAGUUUUUUCCAGCUGCAUAUUUACAAUGCAUGACUGCAGGAUGUACAGACUCCCCCGACAUUGCUCUGAAUAAUAACCGGGAGCCUUAAGCAGGUUGUGGUGGCCCUGCGCCCAUGUGGUUCUUCGAAGUGAGCGCGUCCCCUCCCCUUUUUGACCCGCUGCCAAAGUAUGUGAAAUGCAAUCCAAACACCCGGUCACAGAGCAGUUAUUUUAAAACUUAAAACUCAGCUAUUUGUAGACGAACAUGGGGAGAAUAAAUAAUGGAUUGGUGGAAAAUAUCCCGACAAAGACUCGGUAACUAAAAAAAAAAAAAAGGAAAGAGGGGGGGGGGAAACUAUCGGAGGAGUACAAUGCCGUGAUGCCUUCCAUUGUGGAUCGGCUUUUGUUGCGCGCCGUCAGCUCUUUCACGGACUGAACCGCUUCGAUGUCUCUGCCUGUGGUCCUCCCUGGAUCUUGUUGUCCUGUUGCUGGGGUCUCGCUGGCGUCUCAGUUAGCCGAUCCGGCUCACAGGAGUCGCCCCCGCUGCAUUUCUGCCGGUGCGACUCGCAUGCCUGCUUCCCAGUCGCGGCUGAUCCCCGCGCUGCUCCCCGGCCGACCGCUGCUGUCCCUGGGACUGCUGCAGCUGGUGCUGGGCUGCUCCAUGGUGGCGCUGUCCUUCGGAGCGCUGUCGCUCAGUAGCUCGCCGCCGAUCCGGAAUUCGUGCCCGUUCUGGGCCGGGUCCUCCGUUAUAGUCUCAGGAAUCAUAGGCCUCACAACAUGGAGAAGACCAAUGCUGCUUCUGGUGAACCUCUUUGUCCUCCUUUCCGUGGUCUGUGUCCUGCUCAACCUGGCUGGAUUUAUCUUAUGCUGUCAGGGAGCACAGCUGGUGUCCGGCAAGCCUCACUGUCAGCUGAGCUUAACGGGUGACGUCUGCCUGUGCUGUGCCGACGGUUUCAGCGCUGAGUGUCCCGACGAGAAGACGUUUAAGCUCAACCCCGGCAACUCCUGUGAAACCAUGAGGGUCCUGCUCAAGAAAGUUCUGUUUGCCCUUUGCGCCCUUAAUGCCCUGACCACGGCGGUAUGCAUGGUGGCUGCCGCCCUGCGGUACCUGCAGAUCUUCGCAGCGCGGCGCCCCUGUGCUCAGGACGAGCCCCGGUCAGCAGCCGAGGAAGGCGAGGACACGGCCAAUGUCCCCGACCCGGACGAGUUCGUCCCGCCGGCCCCACCCCCGUCCUACUUCUCCACCUUCUACUCCUAUACUCCUCGACUGGCUCGACGGAUGUUUGGCGACAGCGUGAUCCCUCUGCCUCAUAUAUAUGGUGCCAGAAUCAAGGGGGUGGAGGUCUUCUGUCCCCUGGACCCUCCCCCACCCUACGAAGCCAUUGCCGGACAGUCGGAAAACACUUCCUCCCAGACGGAAGUUCAGAUGACCAUCGUUACCGAGGGUCUAAGUGAGAGCUGUGACCUGCAGACGACCAGAGCAGGGUCAUGGGACAGUCUGCAGCUCAUUCCCAGCAGCACGGAGCACAAGGCUGGGGUGCAACCGGGACAGGAUUCCAGUCCGUCGCAGGACACACACAUGCACCCGCCCGGAUGCUCGCACAUCCCAACGCCCCCCCAGGUACAGCGCAGACCUGUGCAGGCUCUCCUGUUGGCCUCCAGGGAUCCUUUCCGGCAGCAUGUCCGUAGGUCCAACAGCGACCCCAUCCUGCUGGACCUGACCACCAAAGUGCUGAGCUGUGAGGCCGCCACGCAGACGGAGGGCCGGCCCGAGGUCGCAGCGGUGACACUUCGCAGGGGGGGGCACCGGAAGCCCCGCCCCAGCUCCAUGGUUGACUACCAGAGCUACCAGGACACCAAGCAGCUGGUGACUCGCUUCCUGGAGCACUCCUCCAGCAGCCUGACACCGGAGGUCCAGGAGCUGGUCAACAGCAUUAAGAGCGUGCUGCGCUCCGACCAGGAGCAUAUGGAGGAGGCCGUACGCAGUGCCAGCUUCAUCGACCAGGUCAUGAUGACUGAUCCCCAGGGCCCUCGCACGCAGCCGCCGCAGCCAGUGCAACCGCCGCAUCCAGUGCAACCGCCGCAGCCAGUGCAGCCGCAGCAUCCAGUGCAGCCGCCGCAGCCAGUGCAGCCGCCGCAGCUGCAACCGCAACCCGUGGUGGCUUCGCAGACACUACCCCUGAGGAAACGGCCAGCCCUGCUGCACCUGCACAGCUGUGGGGACCUGAGCACCUUCACCAAGGAGGAGCUACCGUCCGAAGAACGGAAGGCAGGCUCAAGGAAGAGCUCCAGGGCGGGGUCCCGGGCGGGGUCCCGGGCCGAGCACGAACGUCCCCACAGCCUUAUUGGGGUCUUUAGAGAGACUGUCCUCUAAGAAGCCAAUGCUGACAAAGAAUACCUAUGUUGGCACCCCCUCUAGUGGAGAACACCCUCCACUGCACUUGGCUGAGGAGAACCUGCUUCAUAAAGGAUUGCAGUGUGCAGCCGGUUCCAGACACGGUCUACUCUGAGGAGGCGUGCGUCGUUUUCCCGUGUGCGUGCUUGUUUGUGCAUGUGACCUCCUGGAGAUGAGACUCCCUGCAGCCGCUGGGCUCCCCAGACAUCGCAUUUCCUUUUUUUUUCGGUAAGUAGACCCUGAAAUGCCCCCCUCACUGCUAGAAUGAGCUCCCUUUCAGGAUAGUGCCUUCAGUUUUACUGACAGGGUGCGAAUCAAGGCAUUUCUUUCAAACUGGAGUUGGGAAUAAUAUUAAACCUUUUUUUGGGUUUUCUGCUGAGAACAGAGUGAUACUUAUCACUAUUCUGUCUUUACCAAGCAUAUAUAAUUGCUGGUUCUUUUGUAGACUAUAUGCCAAAAUACUCAUCUAAUUGCAUAUAAAAAAAAAUCAGUAUAUAACAAAGGAACAAAUAUUCACGUAUGUAUUAAAAAUUUGACUUAUAAAAGAGCUACAUGUGUGUAUUUGACCUUAGUUGUCAUUUUUUUUUUUUUAAUAUUGUGUAUUAACUUUUUUGUCUCCAUAUCUAUGGAAGUCUCUGCUGAGGCAGGGAGGUGUGAAAGGUGGCGCUUACCCAAUAAGUUUCCCUCAGCAAUGUGGCGUGAUGUACUUCCUGUGUGGAGGGUCCUUCCACGUCCCCCUGUCACUGUGUACAGGUUUGUGAUAGGAGGAAGGCGGCUUUGAAAUCGUGGGUAGUAGUAUUAUCACAUGCUUCGGAGUUUCCAAUGGGUCUGUCCCGUGAUAAACCCAUACCUACUGCAGACUAACCUCGCUCAGAGUUAAUGCCAUCUAGCCGUCUAAAACUCUGCUGCCAUACUGUAUGCACGGUGAUGCAGCAGCUUACAGCUGCGUGAACUGGCAUCACACUGUCCCCUGGAAAUGUAAACAAGGGCAUGGUUUUCCAUUGUGUAAAGAGAACAUGAGAUAAUAAAUUUGGCAUUGGGGAA